AUGGAAUCUCUACUACUUAAAAAGAACGUAAGGUUCCCAUUUCAUCUUUCUUCCGACCACCUCCUCGUCCAACCUUUCAUGUAUAUGAUAUCAAUCACCUUAAUUUACUUGCCUUCUGAAUCAAUUCUACUUCAGUUUACUUACCAAACUUCUAAUCAAAAUAUAAGCGCGCAUACACGUCCAAACGAGCUGCUCGCCACCGUCGCCCGGGACGUCGCCGCCGCCGAGCAGUGGGUGCAGCACAACGUCUCGCACUACGUCUCCGACUACGGCGUCGACAUCCGGUUCGUGGCCGUGGGCAACGAGCCGUUCCUCAAGUCGUACAAGGGCCAGUUCGAGGCGGCCACGCUCCCGGCGGUGCGCAACGUGCAGGCGGCGCUCGUCAAGGCCGGCCUGGCCCGCCAGGUGCGCGUCACCGUCCCGCUCAACGCCGACGUCUACGAGUCGCUCGACGGCCGCCCCUCCUCCGGCGACUUCCGCCCGGACAUCACCACCCUCAUGACCAGCCUCGUCCGCUUCCUCCUCGACAGCGGCGGCGUGCUCGCCAUCAACAUCUACCCCUUCCUCUCCAUGGACGCCGACGCCAACUUCCCGCGCGACUACGCCUUCUUCCCGGCCCCCGGGGCGCCCCCCUCGCAGGCCAGCGUCCAGGACGGCAGCGUGCUCUACACCAACGUCUUCGACGCCAACUACGACACCCUCGUCGCCGCGCUCGACAAGCACAGCCUCGGAAACAUCACCGUCGUCGUCGGCGAGAUCGGCUGGCCCACCGACGGCGACGCCAACGCCAACGCCGCCGGCGCGCAGAAGUUCAACCAGGGCCUCUUCGACCGCAUCGUCGCCGGCAAGGGCACCCCGCGCCGGCCCCAGAUGCCCGACGUCUACGUCUUCGCGCUGCUGGACGAGGACGCCAAGAGCGUCGACCCCGGCAACUUCGAGCGCCACUGGGGCGUCUUCAACUACGACGGCUCGCCCAAGUACUGCGGCUGUUGCGGUUUGGCGGCGGUGCGAUCCGGGUCGUGGAUGUCCUUGUUGUGCGGCGUGGAUCAGGUUCGUGGUGGUGGACGACGGCUGGCGCAUUGAUACGAGGGGCUGACUCGGUCCGUGUUGGUCUCCUUUGCGUUGUGCUUCUCAUGUCUGAUGCUUUUUCAUGGCAUCGGUCCGAGUUGGGCUCCUCGGGUGUUGUCGUGCCGUCAGUUGGAUCGGCUCUAGAGACCAUGGGCAUGGCGUCGUUCGAGCUUGCCCGGCGGUGGCUGUCGGCAGUCACUGGGUUGUGUUCCCACGAUACACCGGAAACGGCAGGUGUAGGCGCCAAGGUUUUGGAUCCCAAGUGGACCUUUUUUCUCGAGGGGCACCUGAAUUUACGAUUACCACGGUAACCGUGAAGUUCCGGACGGAAUUUAUAAUCAAAUUUUGAAUUCAAUUUUUUUAAAUCG